AUGGUGAUGAAUGGUUUUUCCAGAGCAAAAAAUCUUCACUUGCAAUCGUUACUGCUGCUCUCUGAGAAGGUGCAGGUGAGGGAAACCAUGCGCUGCAUGCCUCUGCCUCAGAGUCUUCUGUUUGGGAAAGAAAACUUUGCCCCCUUUGGCUACAUGCCAGCGACUGUGUCAGUGCUGCUGAAUCCAGGAAAAUAUGUUCCCGAUGGAGUUGUAUAUCCUAAAGCAGAGUGGCUUGGAAAUGAAUUGAUUUCUAAACUGGUGAAAUGGUCUACAGAGGUCCCCAAAAAUGAAUUUAAGAGUACGCUCUCUCUCGUUUCUGUAGCUAGAUACAGCCAGGUCUAUCAGGAGUUAAAGGAAAAGUUCAAAGAGAUGGUCAAAGUUUGGCCCGAAGUAACAGAUCCUGAAAAGUUUGUAUAUGAGGAUGUUGCUAUAGCUACUUAUCUGCUGGUCCUCUGGGAAGACGAGAGAGCUCGGAAGGGCCUGUCCCAGAAGCAGUCCUUCGUGGACCUGGGCUGUGGAAAUGGACUCCUGGUUCACAUUUUAAGUAACGAGGGGCAUCCAGGAAAAGGAAUGGAUGUCCGGAGGAGGAAAAUAUGGGACAUGUACGGCCCUCAGACCUUCUUGGAGGAAAGUGCCAUUAAUCCAAACAACCUUUAUCCGGAUGCUGACUGGUUGAUUGGAAAUCAUUCCGAUGAGCUGACACCCUGGAUCCCCGUGAUGGCAGCCAGGUCUUCCCACUAUUGUCGCUAUUUUCUGCUGCCCUGCUGCUUUUUCGACUUCUAUGGGAAAUACAACCGUCGGCAGAGCCAGAAGAGCCAGUACAGGGAAUA